UUUUUUUUUUUUUUUUUUUUUGUGCGUCCAAAUCUGUAACGCCUAUUCCGUGUCGAAAGAGCUUGAAACUGAAUGAGGAAAAUCUUUCAGUCUCCAUAAUCACCACCCUUAAAAUGAGCCUAACUGUCUCAGCAUCCAAGCACCAAAAGCUUCUCUGCAUCUUCCAAUCCUCUCUUGUCCUCCGUCAUUUCUCCUCUGAGCAAACCCUAUCCCUAUCACCACAACAGCAACAAAAAGAUGACUCAAUAGUCAAUGAAGCAGUGCAACUGCUUCAAAUCCCAGACAAUGACUGGAAUACAGCCCAACUUAAUCAGCUUCUCUUUUCCGAUCCCGUCCCUUCUCCUCGCCUUGUGUUCCAAAUCGCCCGCCGCUUGCCCUCCUCCUCUCAAGCCUUUAAAUUCCUCCAAUAUCUUCAAAUCAAAUCUUCUUCACCAGAUACCGAGGCCCUCUCCUCCACGUUCCAGGCCAUCUUUGAGCUCGCUAGCCGUGAACCUAAUUCUCGCAAGAAUCUCUAUGACCUUUACAAGACGUCGAAAAAAUGGAAUAUUCCACUUACCAUCAAUUCUAUCACGCUCCUGCUUCGUUGCUUUGGAAGGAAUGGAUUGGUCGAGGAGUCGCUUAUUUUGUUUAAUGAGCUUGAGAAUUCUCUCAAAAACACGCAUGUUCGAAAUGUUUUGAUUGAUUUGUUAUUGAGAGCUGGACGUGUUGAAGAUGCGUUUGAGGUGCUCGACGAAAUGCUUCUACCAGAGUUUGAUUGUCCUCCGAAUGAUGUUACUGGAGGUACUGUUUUCUCUUGGUUGAUGAAGAAAGAACGGUUAGGGAGAUUGGCAACUCAAGAGGAAAUUAUUGAAUUGGUGUUGAAAUUAGGUGAACAUGGUGUUUUUCCUAAUUCAAUUUUGAUGACUCAGUUAAUUGUUAUUCUGUGUAGGAAUGGGAACAGUGAUAAAGCUUGUAAUCUUUUGCUUGAAUUGAUGAGGCUUGGGGCUGCUUUGGAGGCGGCUCCUUGCAAUGCUUUGCUAACAGGGUUAGGGAGAGAUAGGGAUUCUGAUAGAAUGAAUAAAGUUAUGGCAAAGAUGAAGGAAAUGAACGUUGAACCAAAUGUCAUUACUUUCGGGAUUCUCAUUAAUCACCUCUGCAAGUCUAGGAGAGUUGACGAGGCACUUGAGGUGUUUCAAAAGAUGAAUGGAGAUAAAGAGAAUGAUGGGGUUAAAGUUGAGCCAGAUGUUGUCAUUUUUAACACAUUGAUUGAUGGUUUAUGUAAAGUUGGGAGACAAGAAGAAGGUUUAGCUUUACUGGGAAGGAUGAAGUUGCAAAAAGGGUCUUGUCCUAAUACUGUUACCUACAAUUGCUUGAUUGAUGGUUUUUGUAAGGUUGGUGAAAUAGAAAGGGGCCUGGAGUUGUUUGAUGAAAUGAAGAACGAGGGGGUUGUACCAAACGCUAGUACUAUUAAUACCUUAGUUGAUGGUAUGUGCAAACUUGGGAGAACCAAUAGUGCAAUUCAGUUUUUUGAUGAGAUGCAAAGUAAAGGUCUGAAAGGCAAUAUUUAUGCUUAUACUUCCCUGAUCAAUGCUUUUUGUAACGUGAACAAUAUUGGGAAGGCAAUGGAAGUUUUUGAUCGAAUAUCAAGAGAUGGAUACUCUCCUGAUGCAAUGGUUUAUUAUAACUUGAUCAGUGGCUUGAGCCAAGCUGGAAGGAUGGAUGAUGCUACUUCUGUCUACUUAAAGUUGAAAGAGGCUGGGUUCCGUCCUGACAUUUUGUGUUAUAACUUUUUGCUUAGUGGCUUGUGCAACAAGAACAAGAUGGAUAAAGCUUAUGAAAUACUAAGAGAUAUGGAGGAAGCUGGAGUGAAGCCAGAUAGUGUCACAUACAACACUUUGAUUUCUUAUUUCAGUAAAAUUGGAGAUUUUGAACUUGCUCGUAGAAUGAUGAGAAGGAUGAUAAAGGAUGGUCUGGCACCUACUGUUGUCACAUAUGGAGCUAUAAUACAUGCAUAUUGCUUAAACGGGAAUGUUAAUGAAGCAAUGAAGAUUUUCAAGAACAUGAAAUUUGGUUCGAAAGGAGCACCCAAUACUGUAAUCUACAAUAUCCUGAUAGAUUCCUUGUGCAAGAAUGAUAAUGUAGAACUCGCACUUUCAUUGAUGGAUGAUAUGAAAGUGAAGGGUGUGGAACCGAAUACAGUAACAUAUAAUGCUCUUUUUAAAGGCCUUGAGGAAAAGAAAUGGCUGAAGCAAGCCUUUGAAUUAAUGGAUAGAAUGUUAAAGCAGGCUUGCAAUCCAGAUUACAUCACCAUGGAGAUUUUGACGGAAUGGCUUUCUGCUGUUGGUGAAACAGAAAAGUUAAAGAACUUCGUUCAAGGAUACCGAGUUUCAGACUCAGCUGCUUAGAGAACGGGAAAAUGUGAUUGUUUGGAACACACUGGUCAUUUGAAUUGUAUCUUUUUAUGGUUGUUGCAGUUAUUGGAGCAGAACUAAUGUUUAGAACUGCAGUCCGCAAAGUUGUUUUCAUGUCCUCAUCAACACUGCAAUUCCUUGCAACCUAUGGUAGGUUCACCUCCUUAAGUUUUAAGGAUGGGAAAAGGAGGUGGUUAAAAGAGCAGCGCUAACAUAAUUGCAAAUUUGAUUUGUGGUUAUUGCAAGUUAUAAGGUAUUUGAUUAUUAGAGGAUUUUGUAGCAGAAUCAAAAUUCUGAAGUUAAGCUUAACAUUGCCAGGUUUUCUGGCUUCCCUGGGUCGUUGCAUGUUUAAACUUCUACCAAGGAAUUGCUCUAAAACUAAUUUAUUAAUAGUUUUUAAUUUGUUGUUAUUUCUAUUAUAAAUUUGAUAAACGACAAAGCUUACUGUGAUAAA